CGUGUCGUAAAAACCCUUCAAAAACUCCCGUAUUAGUCUGCAUUCACACUCUCGCACUCUCCCCGACCCAAGAAUCUACUUAAACAGAAAACAGCCUCUGACUGCAAAAGAAAAAUCAUUUCAGAAACUCUUGAAUUUCUUCUCCUUUUGCGAAACCCAACGCUCCCCAAACAGUCGAACUACAAUUCCACCAAAAACCAGAUCUCCUUCCCCAAACACAAGCUAUAAAAAUCCUCAUUCCCUUUCCGAUUUCAUCGAAUACCCAAUAUGCCCUCAGCAAGACCCACAUCCAUACUCAUCCCAUUCAUCCUCGCCCUUCUUCUCUUCCUCUCCACAACAGCUCCUCACCAUGCCAUGCAUGAUGGCCAUGAUGAUGAUGACGAUGACGAUGCUGACAUGGAUGGCCUUGAAGAACUACUAGCAGUAGAUAAGGAAGUGGAGGAGGAGGGAGAGGAGCAGGAGGAAGGGCAAAAGUGGAAAUCUUCUGAGGCUGAGGUCCUGAGUAGGGCCCAGCGGAUUGUUCUCCAACUAACGAACGAGAAUGCGAGGCAGGUCAUUGAUGGGAAUGACUACGUUCUGCUCCUGGGCUUUGCUCCUUGGUGCCACAGGAGCGCUGAGAUGAUGCCGCACUUCGCCGGGGCAGCUGCAGCGCUGAAGGAGAUGGGCAGUCCGGUCUUGCUGGCAAAGCUUGAUGCUGAGCGGUAUCCCAAGGCGGCUGGGAUGCUGGGGAUCAAAGGUUUCCCAACGCUGCAGCUGUUCGUCAAUGGGAGCGCUCAGCUCUAUACUGGUGGAUUCUCGGGGGAAGAAAUAGUGAUUUGGACCAGAAAAAAGACGGGCAACCCUGUUAUCAGACUAUCCUCCGUGACUGAAGCAGAAAAGUUCCUUGAGAAGCAUCGGAUAUUCGCCAUUGGCCUCUUUGAGAACUUUGAGGGACCUGAUUAUGAAGAAUUUGUGAAAGUAGCUAUUGCUGAUAACAGUGUGCAGUUUGUUGAAACUUGCAAUAUUGAGGUUGCUGCAGUUCUUUUUCCAGAUGUCAAACCGAAAAAUCAUUUCCUUGGCCUCGUCAAAAGCGAACCUGAGAAAUAUGAGAUAUUUGAGGAUGCCUUUGAAGAGAGCAAAAUAUUGCAGUUCUUGGAUUAUAACAAGUUCCCGUUAGUUACUGUACUGACGGACCUUAAUUCAGUCAGACUCCACUCCAGUCCUAUAAAGCUCCAGGUUUAUAUCUUUGCGGUGGCUGAUGAUUUCAAGAACCUACUUGUGAUGCUUCAGGAUGUUGCAAGAAAGUUUAAGACGAAGAUAAUGUUCGUUUAUGCAGAUACUGCGGAUGACGACCUUGCCAAACCCUUCUUGACUUUAUUUGGGCUUGAUUCAGAGAAGCCUAUUGUGACUGCUUUUGAUUACACAACUGGCUCGAAGUAUUUGUUAGAGUCAGAACCUACAUCGAGUAAUUUGGAAGAGUUUUGCUCGGGGCUGUUGCAUGGUACUCUCUCACCGUACUAUAGAUCAGAUCCAAUUUCCGACACCAAAGGCAUUGUCCAGGCUGUGGUAGGGAGGUCUUUUGACGCGGUGGUUUUGAACAGUCCUGAGAAUGUGCUUCUAGAGGUCUAUACCCCAUGGUGCAUGACCUGUGAGAAAAUGAGUAAGGAGAUAGAGAAGCUGGCUACCCACUUCAAAGGGGUGGAUAAUCUAUUAUUUGCAAGAAUAGAUGCCUCUUCAAAUGAACAUCCAAAACUGCAGAUCAAUGACUUCCCGACGGUAUUGUUUUACCCAUCUGGAAAUAAAUCUAAUCCGAUCAAAGUUUCUGCAAAGUCUAGCUUGAAGGACCUGAUUGCUUUCAUCAACGCAAAUGUAAAAGCCAAAGGAAAAAUCUCAACUUCAGAACAGACAGUGAAAGACGAAUUAUAAAUUGAUCAUAUAAUGGAAACACAUCUGGAUUUUAGAAGGCUAAAGACAUUCGACUUCCAAAUGAGUAAAAUGGUUUGAAACUAAGGGAGUAUUACCUAUACUUGUUGUUUUCAAGUUUUUAACUACGAGGCCUUUCUUCCCUGCCGUUUGAUUCUUUCUACAUUUUGUUCAAACAGUAUAUAUACGUCAUUAUGUCUAAUAAAAGCAGUAUAAACUUCAUAUA